AGCUCACCAAGGACAGCAGGUGAUGGCUUACAGACUGACAUUGUUUCCUGGAUCGCUACUCUGAGUAGUACUUUGGUAGAGCAAUGAACAUCCACUCAGGGAGAGAGCAAACAGUCUUCGGGUGAUAAGAUGGCUGCACCCCCAGACUGUAUUCAGUUAAUCCAGAAGCAUCGGGAAAGGCUUCUGCGCUGGAUUGAACCCAACCCAGCUCCCUUGCUCCGUCGACUCCGGGACUGUGAGCUCCUCACCCAGCCAGAGUAUUUCUCCUUGCUGGAGACAAACCCCAAGACCAACCAAGUCAUUGCACUUCUGGAAAGGGUCAGCAGGAAGCCUGAGGAAAGCCAGAAAUUCCUGGAGGAGCUUCAGGAGCUGUGUGAGGUCUAUUGUCCUGAGCUGCAGCAUUGGCUGCAAACAUAUUAUCCAGAGGAGAAAAAUGGAGAACCUCCUGCAGUCCAGCCAGAUGCUCCAGCUCCAUCUAAACCUAGAAGAUCUCUCUUGAAAUUUUGGAAGUCAAAGAAGUACAAGUUGCAGAACAUGUCUGCAGAUCAGGAGCAGAGCAAUGACUUGCCUUUCCGAAGAGGCCUGAGCCGACAACUCAAAGCUGCCUUGCAGAAUCACCGCCGCUCACUGCUGACUCGCACAGAGAAGCUUUGCACCAACGUGGAUGAUACAGAAUCAUGUGGGCACAUAGAGAUCCGCUACACUGACCUCCUGCUGUCUGACAGCCCUCGUUCUAGCUCUGCCAGUCAUGACUACUUGCAUCUGGCCUCUCGCCGAGCACGCCUCUACUCCCUCCAUGCCCCCCGCCGCUUGGCCCUAUCCCAGCUAGUCUCCCCACUUACUGGGGAGAGUUCCCCACCUCUCCGUGUGAUGUUGAGUGGGGCUGCUGGUAUUGGUAAAAGUGUAGCAACACAGAAGAUCCUCCAUGACUGGGCACUGGGGGCAUCUUUCCAACGUUUCCUUUGCCUUCUGGACUUUUCCUUCCGAGAGCUCAGCCUCAUCACAACCCCUAAGAGUCUUGAGGAGUUGAUCCGCAAGAAACACAUCCAUCUGAGUGAGGUUCUCCCUGAGCUGCUAGAUCGGCCUGGGGAGCUCCUGGUAAUCUUAGAUGGUCUGGAUGAGUUUAGGCAUCCAUUGGACAGCCAGAAUCCAUGCCUCCAGUCUGAUCAGCCUGCUCACAUCAAAGAGCUGGUGCAUGGGCUUGUCUCUGGGACACUGUUGCCUGAGUCAACCAUUGUGGUCACAUCCAGGCCUUCUGCUAGCCUUCCAGAAGAUCUCUUUGACCGUCAUAUUGUCAUCCUUGGCUUCCAAGAAGAGCAUGUCCGGGAAUACUUCUUCCGCUUCUUCCGGGAUCCCAAGCGUGCCACUGCUGUGCUCAGCUACAUCUCCAUCCAUGAUGGCUUAGCCAGCCUCAGCUUUAUUCCCCUGUACUGCUUCAUUCUCUGCACAGCGCUGGGGGAGUUCUUCCCUUGUGCUGGAGUGAUGGAAGCCUCUCCACCCAGCACCAUCACCGAUGUCUACCGUCAGUAUCUGUGUACCAUCCUUCGUUUGCACAAGUCUCCAUCGGGAGGACCAAACUGCACUAUGGGAAGGGUGAAAGACUUAGUACUGCAACUUGGCAAGCUAGCUUAUGCUGCCACACUGAGAAAACGAACAGUAUUCUACAUGGAUGAGUUACAAGGUUUUGGGUUUGACCCACAGAACUUGCCCAGCAGUUUCUUGAACCGGAUCUUCUUCAAGGAAAAUGAUGAGGUCUAUGGCUUCUUCCACUUAACCAUACAAGAGUUCUUAGCUGCAAUGUACUCUGUAGUAACUUUAGACCCCAGUACUGAGGAGUUAACAUCUUGCCUUGAUCUCUGGUGGGAUGGCAGUGCUCAAGAAGAUGGAGAGGCAGAGAGAAAUCUAUCGCCACCAACUGGUUCAUCAGACAGACUUCUCAGCUAUACCAAGGAGUUCUUGAGUGGACCCCAACAGUGGGACAGCCUGCAAAUGUUUUCCAGGUUCUUUAUGGGACUCUUGACCUCCAGGAUGGAGGGCAAGCUGGGAGGGUUGACAGGACGCCUGACAGGUGAUCCCCUUACACCUUUGGCUGACUGGUUAGGAAGGAAGAUUCAACAUGAAUCAGACCGGAAGCUGCUUUCUUUGCUGCACUGCCUGGCAGAGCUGCAUCAAGAUGAAGUGACUCAGAAGGCAGCAUCCAAAUUGGACGAGGUGGACCUUUUCAAGGUAACCUUGAACCCUGCGGACUGUGCAGCUCUGGCUUAUGUUCUUGGCUGCUCAGAGGUCAAGAUGCUCCGGAAUCUCAACUUAAGUUACAGCAACAUGGGCAUCAGGGGUCUGAGGCGAUUGCAAGGGCUUCUCCAUCGAUGUCAAACGCUCCAAUUGCGAUACAAUUCUCUGGAUCAGGAGGCAGCGGUGAUAGAAGCUGCAAUACUGAGAUCUCCGGAGUGUCGGGUGAAACGGCUGCUGUUUUGUGGAAACUGCCUGGGCUCAGAGGGAGUGAGAAGCUUAUGGGAUGCUCUGCAGCACAACACAACCCUUGAAGAGCUCUACCUGGAUAUCACAGGGAUCACAGACAGUGGCCUGGAUAAUAUAGUGGAUUCCCUGAUGGGCAACACCACUCUCCGACUUCUGACCAUUGUGGGGAACCGACUGAGCCAAACUGGGAGGAAAGUGCUCUCUGAGCUGAGUCAUAAAAAGCCAGAGCUCAAGAUCAUAAGCAGUUUUCUGUCCGACAUGGGGUUGCUCCAGGCAUAUUUGGAUUGGGUGGAAGAAAUCAAAGCCGACCGGGAACAGAUGGAGUCGGUCAGGAACGCGGAUGCCCUGCGCUCGGUCCUGGAAGUUUUGGUGGAAACGGAUGACCCAGGAGCAAGUGAGGAGGCUCGGAAAAGGGCCGAGCACCUGAAGGAAGAGAUCACUGCCCUCCUUCUGAGGGAGGAGAAUGCAAAAGAAAACGGGAUGGGAUGAUAACUGCUUUACUUCAUUGUAUACACAACGCUCCUGACAGUCCAAAAGGGGACAUCGAUUCGGAUCACUCCGUAUCGUUCGAGGGAAUGGAGGCAGCUCCAUUUAACCCUGAAAUGAUAUGUGCAAAUAUCAAAAGGGGUUACAAUGACUCAAAGAGAUUUGCAAACCCAAAACCACAUGGGAACAACAAACCCGAUAUGCAUCAUUGCGGGAACCCACAUCUCCUUGGGACAAAAAAUAAUGAGCAUGAAUGCCUCCAAAAAUGCUCAAGCAAAAGAAAACUGGUGCUACACCUCUUAGCUUUUGUGUUUUUCAUCAAUCACUUUUUUGCUGUCUUGACCACAAUUUGAUAUUGCUCGGCUGCACAUAUCCCAGUUUUCAUGUGAAAUGGUGUGUGUGUAUGUGUGAUACCCCAGUUAUGGUUGUCUAACCAGAGGGACCAUAGCCAUGAGGAACAAUUCCCAUUAUCCCUAGGCAAUGAAACCAAUUACAAAGGAUGGUGGAAGCUGCACUCCAAAAUCACCAGGAGGCCUAUGCAUUCUCCACACCUGAGUUGGAAGGAGGACCACAGGCAAUGACUUUCCUCCUGCAUCCUGGCCAGCGAGGAUAAUGGGAAUU